AUGUCUUCGCAGAGUAUCUGGUACGCGUACGAUCCUCAAUGGGCAUUGUCUAUACGUGCACGUUUGAACGAACUCGAUGUGUCAGAUUUAUGGCUAUUCGAAUCUGCUUCGUCAGCUUCAAUGCCUCGUUUGAUUCUCGAUAAAUAUCUUGGCAAUCCAAUUCGACAGAUGACAUCGAAGAAGUCAACGGAAAACGAACUUACCUACGAUUCUUUGCGCGGCGAUCAUCAGACUCUCGAAGCGUUAAAUAAUUUCCUUCGACAGCAAUGCUGGCGUAGUGCCGUUGAUUGGACAAUAACAUAUCUAAUGAAAAACCCGUCGGAUUAUCACAUUUGGUUUAUACGUUUUGCUUGUUUGAUUAAACUUCGAUUAUUCCAAACGAUUGAAAGCGAAUUUGAAACCUUUGGUAAUCUCAAUUCCAUAUCAAAGCUUCCGUUUAGCUUACGCUUACUUCAUGCUGAACUGCCGAUCUACAUGGAUUCCAACCAUUUCCACGAUGGUCUUGAUCGUCUAUUUCGUUUGCUGAUGAUAACCAAUACCAUCUUAAGCGUUUUACCAAAGGAUCAAACACAAUUGUGGCAUCGAAGACGUUUACGUAUUCUGUACUCUAUAGCUAAUUGUUAUAUCUUAAUGAAGCGUAUGGAUCUAAUUAUAUCGAUUUUAGAAAAUCAAAUAGUCAAAAAUGAGCCAGUCGAGCAACAAAUUGAAAUUUAUUUAUUAAUAGUACGAAUUUUAUUACAAACAGGCGAUGAGCUCAACGCGCAACGUGCAUUUGAUCGCGCAUUGAGUCUGCUACCAUCGAAGGAGAACCUCUCGGAUGGCUUUCUACUAACCAAAGAACUCUUUUCUCUAUUUCGAAAUGAUUUUUCAAGCAAUAAGCUAUUGACUGCAAUGAAGAAUCCAAUUGAAGUUAACAACCACUGUGUCAUUUUACUUUACAUGUCCAAAAUGAAAGAAUCCUUGGAUUUAUACGAGAAACUAAUCCGGGAUAAGGCGACAAAUAUCCACGAAGCUAUUAUUUUUAAUAUGUGCACUAUUUAUGAAUUGGAGUCGUUUCGAUUUACACAGAAAAAGCACGAAUUAGUCGAUUAUAUCAGUCAAUAUGUUGGUGAUGGAUUUAGUUUAACAGCAUUGAAACUACAGACAUGA